AUGAAAAGGACAGAUAGCCGUGUGGACGGCUCGAUCAGCAAUAAUGACAUCGUUGAUCAUAAUGAUGCUGCUGAUGCAAAGAUUAGCAAACAAAGGACAAAAAUGAUGAAUCGGGAUGGAAGGUUCGGAAGAACUCUUUUCGUGUUGUUGAUAAUGGCGACUUUGAUAUUUAGUCUAGUUUCUGGAUCACCACAACAACAACCUUAUAACAAUAACGGCUAUAGCACUAAUGCAUUUAUCGGAUUAAUUGUUGGUACAAGUACAAGUGGAUUAAUAAUCAUAUCGAGUGCAAUUAUUUGUUGUCUACGACGAAGAAAUCGACGUCGGGUAGUUAAACCGUCUGAAUAUCGAGCAUUAAAAUUAACGGUCGAAUCAAAGAAAUCAUUUGACUCGACCACGUCAUCCAAGGGGAAAAAGAAGAAAGAGCGUACUCCGACAACAUUAUUACCUGCACGUGAAUUGUUAUUCCCGACUCAAAUGUCUGCUGCACAUCAUAAAACAAUUUAUGGUGCUAAGAAUGCAGAUACUCCAGUUUGGGAUGUUAAAAGUGAUAUCGAAAGACGCGGUACAAUUAGAAUACCAAAGACCAGGAAAACGUGGUUCCCCGCAUUAACAACCAGAACUCAAGCUCAAAAUACGAAAAAAGCAACAGAAAAUAAGGAGAGACAAAUGGCUGAUGAUAAGAAAACUGAUCGUGCCAGAAAAACUACUUCAUGGUUGGCUGCAUUCAAGAAAAGCAGUGGAAUUGGUGAAUCGGAUGCCACAUCAUCUUCAUCUUCAUUAGCAGUUAGUAAUAACAAUUCAUUAUCACCACAAAGUACAACUCCUGAUGAUCUUCCACCUUCAAUCCCAGUUACAGCUGCAAGGAGAUCAAGGAGUCCACUGUCAAGUCCAAAAUUAAGUCCACGUACAAGUCCUCGCUCUCAAAGUCCGGAGCUAAAUGUUGAUGUUCCUGGCGCGGAAAGUGCAAAAAAGGCAUUUUUAGCUGGUCUUGAUUUAAGAGAUUCACGUAGACCAAAAACUCCGAUUACGGCAACAACACCAGCAAUCAAUCCAGUUUUACCUGAAUCUCAAUCAGCACCAAAAUUGACAAUUAGGUUGGGUCAAGGAAUUGAGAGAAGGGAUGUUUCAUCUUCUGGUACUCCUGCUAAUGCUCCUCCAUCCAAUACUAGAAACAUUCCACCAGUUCCGCCAAUUCCUCCAAUCCCUCCAAUCUCAAAUACAGGUAAUAUAGGAGGAGAUUUACAAACAACAGCUGCCCACGGUGGAAGACUUUCUUGGAAUCCGACUGUAACAAGACGUGAAACAUUACGUUCAGGAGGAGGUGGGGGUGCAGCAAGUGGUGCAGGAGGUGCAGGCAGCGGUAACGCAACCACUGCAAGUAUUAAUGCAAGAAGAUCGAUGAGGCGCGCAAAGAAAGAAGCAGCGGCUGCCGCAGCUGCCGCAGCGUCGUCGAAUGAAAAUUUAUCUGUAAUAUCUGAUAAUUCUUCAGAUGGCGGAUUAGGAGGAGGAGGAUCAGGAACAAACAUUUCAAACACCGGUAAUGGUGGAAAUAACAACACAUCACAACAACUGAAAAGACAAAGUUUAUUUGGUGAAGGUAGUGGAAUGUUGGAAAUGGAUUUGGAAAGAUCUUCGAAUUUAGAUUAG